CUCACCCACGCACGUCAGCACCAUGUCUAAUGAAACUGACAUAUCUGUUCGAAUUCGUGACCUCAAGAAGGAUAGGGUCAACUUUGUGCUUGAGAACGUGGACAUGGCACUUGCAAACUCCUUCAGACGUAUCAUGAUGGCAGAUAUCCCAACAGUCGCCAUUGACAUUGUGGAAAUCGACUCGAAUACUAGUGUACUUCCCGAUGAAUUCAUUUCACAUCGUCUGGGCAUGAUCCCAUUAGUGAGCACAAAUUGCGAUGAGGCGAUGCGGUACACAAGAGAAUGCACAUGCGAAUCUUUCUGCCAAUUCUGCGCAGUCGUCCUUCAGCUGAAUAUACGAUGUGAGACCGCUGGUGAACAUCUAGACGUCACAAGCAACCACCUUGAGUUUGUCAACCUCAGUAACAACUACGACGACCCGGGAGAGGAGAUCUCAAAACGUCCCGAAAACUUCGGUUAUCCAGUGGGAAAGAAUGACCCGAAUGUACCACCGGUGCUCAUUGCGAGGAUAGGAAAGGGUCAGGAGAUCCGCGCUCGCUGCAUAGCGAAGAAGGGUAUCGCGAAAGAACAUGCGAAGUGGUCGCCAUGCUCAGCGGUAGCGUAUGAAUACGACCCACAUAACAAGCUCCGGCAUACAUCCUACUGGUUCGAGUCGGACCCGAAGGAGUGGCCACUGAGUGAGAAUGCGAAGGAGGAAGAUCCGCCGCGGGAAGACGAGCCCUUUGACUACAUGGCAAAGGCGAAUAAGUUCUACAUGGAGGUCGAGACAGACGGCAGCAUGACUCCCAAGGAUGUCGUUUUGAAGGGCCUGGGCUUGCUACAAACUAAGAUUGCGACCCUUUCUCUCAGCAUCAACAAAGAACAAGAGGCAGCAGUCCAGGGUGGCGAUCACGCUGUUGGUCAGGCCCCUGGGCCUCCGCCAGACGCUGCGGGUCCGAGUGCAGCCACCCAAUGGGCCCGUCCACCGGGCGGCAACACAUGGAGUCCUCCGCGAGCACAGCCAGGGAGCAGCUGGAGUCCUGGCGGCGCGCGAAGUGCUCAAUGGGGGAACAAUGCCAGCCCGACAAGCGGCGGAACAUGGGGCGGCGCGUCACCUGGCGCUGGCGCUGCUGGAAACUGGGGUACGACGAACGCGGCGGGCACUAGUUGGGGCAAUGCAUCGCCUGCACAAAAUGCGGGGUGGGGGAGCCCGACACAGCAGGCCCAAGGGUGGAAUGUGUAAGGAUGCUUCCCUUUACCCUCCAUUGCUAUCGUUGUGCGUGUAUCUUAGGAGCUCGGCUCGGUAAUAUGUUGCAUGUAUUGC